UUAAGUCACAUUUGGCAACCUUAUAUGGGGGAGAGAUGUAUCAAGAAGUGGGGCUAUGAAGGCCUUCCAGUGCAGGGCGGCCCACAGAAAGUGGUGGCAUGUGUUAAGAUGUGACUAUUAAAUAACUUUUUCUAAUCUCCUCUCACCACGAACCACACACCCAUAUUCAUGCUGUAAUCAGUAGAUCUAGCAUGACUCUGCUAACUGAAAAACAGCCUGAAUUACUUUUGCUUUCAGCUUCAGUUUUAUUACUAUCAUACUAGAUGGACCAAGAAGAGAUGAACCACCUUACUCUUUUUUAGCUUUGAUGAAGAAGAGACAGACAGGUGGGAGGAGCUAGUGAGCAAAGUGUAAGAAGCAACUGAGAACAUUUCUUGUACCCCCAGUGUGCGGAGCAGGAAGCUCUUCUAGGUUUUUAGGUUGCCGUGGCAUCCGGACCCAAAUUGAUGGACCCCGUUUGUCUGCUGGAAAGUGUCAAUGAAGUGCUGUCAGUGAACCAAAAAGCUCUACAGAUUCUUGGUGAGAUUUCUCAGCCAGUGGUCAUGGUGGCCAUUGUAGGACCAUAUCAUACGGGAAAAUCCUACUUGAUGAACCGUCUUGCAGGUCAGAAUCAUGGCUUUCCUCUAGGGUCUACAUUGCAGUCUGAAACUAAGGGCAUCUGGAUGUGGUGUGUACCUCAUCCACACAAGCCAAAUCAUACGCUGAUCCUUCUGGACACUGAGGUCCUCGGGGAUGUGGGAACGGAUGAGUCUAAGAAGGAUUCGUGGAUCUUUGCUCUGGCUGUGCUUCUGUGCAGUAGCUUUGUCUACAACAGCAUGAGCACCAUCAACCACCAGGCCCUGGAGCAGCUGCAUUAUGUGACAGAGCUCGCAAAACUCAUCAGGGCAAAGUCCUCUCAAACACCUGAUAGAGUAGAAGAUUCCACAGAAUUUGUGAGUUUCUUUCCAGACUUUAUCUGGACUGUACGGGAUUUCACCCUGGAGCUGAAGUUACAUGGUCAGCCUAUCACAGAAGAUAAGUAUUUGGAGAAUGCCCUGAAGCUGAUUCCAGGGAAGAAUCCUAAAGCCCAAACAUCCAAUCUACCCAGAGAGUGUAUCAGGCAAUUCUUUCCAAGACGGAAGUGUUUUGUCUUUGACCGGCCAACAAAUGACAAAGAAAUUCUAGCCAAUAUUGGGAUGGUAUCUGAAGACCAACUAGAUCCUAAAUUCCAGGAGCAAACAAAAAAUUUCUGUUCUUACAUCUUCGCUGAUGCAAGGACCAAGACCCUCACAGAAGGAAUCAUGGUCACUGGGAAAAGGCUGAGGACUCUUGUUGUGACCUAUGUGGACACUAUCAAUAGCGGAGCAGUACCUUGCUUGGAGAACGCAGUGACAACUCUGGCCCAGCUGGAGAACUCAGCUGCCAUUCAGAAGGCAGCCAACCACUACAGCAAGCAGAUGGCCCAGAGAGUGAGCUUUCCCACAGACACACUGCAGGAGCUGCUGGAGGUGCAUGUUGCCUGUGAGAGGGAAGCCACUGCAGUCUUCAUGGAGCACUCCUUCAAGGAUGACAAGCAGGAGUUCCAGAAGAAUCUUGUGGAAAUCAUAAAGAAUAAGAAAGAGGAUUUCUUGAUGCAGAAUGAAGAGAUAUCAAUCAAAUACUGCCAGAAUAAACUUGAUCAGAUUUCAAAGACACUAAUGGAAAGUAUCUCAGCAGGAACUUUCUCUGUUCCUGGAGGUCAUGAACUCUACAGGAAAGCAAAGGAAAUUAUUGAAAGGGAAUAUCAUCAAGUGCCCAGGAAAGGAGUGAAGGCAAAUGAGGUCCUCCAGAGCUUUCUGCAGUCACAGGUGGCAAUAGAGAAAUCCAUCCUGCAGGCAGAUAAAGCCCUCACUGAUGGGGAGAAGGCCAUAGCAGAGGAGUGGGCCAGGAAGGAGACAGCUGAGAAGGAACAGGAGCUGCUGAAACAGAAACUGCAGGAGCAGCAGCAGCAGGUGGAGGCUCAGAAUAGGAGUCUCCAGGAACACAUAGUCCAGCUGAUGGAGAAGCUGGUGAGGGAAAGAGAAAACCUGCUGAGAGAGCAGAACAAGAUGUUGGAGCAUCAGCUGAAGGUCCAAGAAGAUCUGCGUACUGAAGGAUUUAGAAAGAAAUGUGAGGAGAUGAAUGCAGAGAUAAAUCGUUUGAGAAAGAGGAUUGUUGAUACUAAAAAUGAUGAUAGUACCUUGCUUGCACAAGCCUUGGACAACCUUGGCAAAAGAAUCACUUCAUUAUUGCCUGCCCCAGCUAACAUUCUUGGUAAUGUUGUGAAAGGAGUGGGCUCACUAUUUAAAAAGAAGUAGCUCUCCUUGUAAAGGAAUCAGAUAUAUAAUAUAUUAUACAUGUAUAUGCUCUGGCCUAUUUCUGAUGUCCAUGCUUUUCACAUUCAUUCAGCAAUGCUUUAAAUAUAAAAAGUGGCUUCUAGAGAAUAUUGAUGUCUGGCCCACAUUAGAUAGAAUAAAUGCAUGGACACUUUGAUAUAGCAUAUUUACUUUUAGGAAAUAUAUAUAUGUGUGCAAAAUCAUAUAUAUGUAUAUGUACAUACAUACAAGAGGUUCACUGAGGCUUCGCUUCUAACGGCAAAAGAUUGGAAACCACUUAAUGCUCAUCUAUGUAAUUUGGUAAUAUAUAUUUUGCAUGCACAUAGACUAGAAUACUAGAUUGCUAGUAAAUAGAUAGUGGAGCUCUAUUUGUGUAAGUAUAGAACAAUCUGGAAGAUAUGUUGUAGAGUGAAAAAAUGAGGCACAAAACAGUUAGUAUAAAGUGUUCACCAUAAAAAAAGGCAAUUAUUAUGGGCACUCAUACAUAUGUAUAUAUAGAACAUUUCUGGAAGGUUCAUUAGAAAUUGGUAUCAUUGGUUCUUCCUGGCGAGAACAGCUUGACAUCAGGGAUGGAAAGGACACAUGAUUUUCAUUAUAUACACUAUCUCUUCAAUUUUGCAAAGAUAGCUUGUGUUAUCAUUUCUCAAAUAACAAAGAAAGCAAAGUAUAAUAGUAAUAUUUAAAAUAGUAAAUUGAAUGUGAAUAAAUGGAAUUGCUCAUUGCUUCUAGAAAUGACAUAAUCUGCUCAGUAAGGGGUCUAAGACUAAGAUCAAAAUACUAGAAAAUAAAAUU